UUUGCAAUCCAGUGUUGCUGCCACUAGAAAUGCCACUAUUAAACUAAUUGGUGCUUUACAUAAGUUUGUUGGUCCAGACAUCAAGGGAUUUCUUUCAGAUGUCAAACCUGCUCUUCUAAGUGCACUUGAAGCUGAGUGUGAAAAAAAUCCAUUUGAGGGUGCAUCCGCAGCUCCAAAGAAAACUGUAAAGGUAUUGGAAUCCACAUCGGCAUUGUCUGGUGGUGGGCUUGAUAGCCUACCACGUGAAGAUAUUAGUGGAAAGAUCACACCUGCUUUGUUGAAGGGGUUGGAAAGUUCUGAUUGGAAGAUUCGUUUAGAAUCUAUUGAAGCUGUAAAUAAAAUAUUGGAAGAGGCCAAUAAGCGCAUCCAACCAAUAGGAACUGUGGAGUUAUUUGGUGCUCUUAGAGGGCGCCUAUAUGACAGCAACAAAAAUUUGAUAAUGGCAACUCUCUCUACUAUUGGUGCUGUUGCAUCUGCAAUGGGACUUGCAGUUGAGAAGUCUAGCAAGGGUAUACUGUCAGAUGUUUUGAAAUGCCUUGGUGACAAUAAAAAACAUAUGAGAGAAAGCACUCUGACUACUUUAGAUGCUUGGCUUGCUGCUGUUCAUCUCGACAAAAUGGUGCCUUACAUCACUACUGCUUUGAUGGAUGCGAAGCUUGGCACGGAAGGGCGCAAGGAUCUUUUUGAUUGGCUAUCAAGGCAACUUAGUGGCUUAAGCGAUUUUCCUGAUGCUGUAAAUCUGCUAAAACCAACUGCUUCUGCUAUGACGGAUAAAUCAGCAGAUGUUCGUAAAGCAGCUGAAGUUUGCAUUGGUGAAAUUUUGAGAGUCUGUGGUCCUGAUGCAGUGACCAAGAAUUUGAAAGAUAUUCAAGGACCUGCCUUAGCUAUUGUUCUUGAACGACUGAAGCAGCACUAUGGGGCUUUUCAAGAAACAUUUGAAGUGGCUAAAACAAUAUCGAUGGGGCCAUCAUCGAAAAGUGGAUCAAAAGUUGGGAAAUCUAGCUCUAAUGGUAAUGGUGAUCGACGGGCUGGAAAUAGGGCAGUUUCUUCGAGAGUAACUUCAACAAAGGGUUCAAGGCCAGAAUCAAUCAUGUCUGUUCAAGACAUCACUCUUCAGUCUCAGGCUUUAUUAAAUGUGAAGGAUUCAAAUAAGGAUGAACGGGAGAGAUUGGUUGUCCGCAAGUUUAAAUUUGAAGAGCCACGGUUAGAGCAGAUUCAAGAUCUUGAGAAUGAUCUUAUGAAGUAUUGCAGAGAGGAUUUGCAUAGGAGGCUUCUCAGCACAGACUUCAAGAAGCAAGUUGAUGGAAUUGAGAUGCUGCAUAAGGCUCUCCCAUCCAUUGGAAAGGAAAUAAUUGAAGUUCUGGAUAUACUUCUUAGGUGGUUUGUUCUACGAUUCUGUGAAUCUAACACGUCAUGCCUGUUGAAGGUACUCGAGUUUCUUCCUGAACUUUUUGACAUGUUAAGGAGUGAGGGCUACACUUUGACUGAGUCAGAAGCAGCCAUUUUUCUUCCUUGCUUGAUAGAGAAGUCUGGACACAACAUAGAGAAAGUACGAGAAAAAAUGCGGGAAUUGAUAAAACAAAUAAUUCAUGCAUAUUCAGCAGGGAAAACUUUCCUCUAUAUCUUGGAGGGUCUGCGUUCCAGAAACAACCGAACCCGGAUUGAGUGUGUGGAUCUUGUUGGAUUCUUAAUUGAUAAUCACGGAGCAGAGAUUGCCGGACAGUUGAAAUCCUUGCAGAUUGUUGCAAGCUUAACAGCAGAACGCGAUGGUGAAAUUCGGAAAGCUGCUUUAAAUACUCUGGCUACUGGUUAUAAAAUUUUUGGUGAUGACAUAUGGAGAUAUGUUGGGAAGCUGACAGAUGCUCAAAGGAGCAUGUUAGAUGAUAGAUUUAAAUGGAAGGCCCGAGAGAUGGACAAAAGGAAGGAGGGAAAGCCUGGGGAAGCAAGAAAUGCAUUUAGGCGUUCUGUUAGGGAAAAUGGGUCUGAUGUAGCAGAACAAAGUGGUGAAGUUACACGAUCUGUCUCUGGCCCAAUCUUAACUAGGGACAAUUAUGGUCAUCCUGAUCUUCACAUGGAGAGACAGUCAAUUCCCCGAACAAUUGCAAUUGCAAAUGGCCCCACUGAAUGGAAUGAAGCCAUUGAUAUCAUUGAAUAUGGCUCCCCUGAGCAGUCUGUUGAAGGAAUGAAAGUUGUCUGCCAUGAGUUAGCCCAGGCAACCAACGAUCCUGAAGGAAGUGCAAUGGAUGAUGUUGUGAAAGAUGCUGAUAGACUUGUUUCGUGCUUAGCUAACAAGGUAGCCAAGACAUUUGACUUUAGUCUCACAGGUGCCUCUUCAAGGUCAUGUAAAUAUGUCCUGAACACAUUAAUGCAGAUAUUUCAAAAUAAACGGAUUGCACAUGCUGUGAAGGAGAGUACUCUUGACAGUCUCGUCACUGAGCUUCUGCUUUGGCUCUUGGAUGAUAGGGUUCCCCGGAUGGAUGAUGGCAGCCAACUUCUAAAAGCAUUGAAUGUUUUGAUGCUGAAAAUUCUGGAUAAUGCAGAACGGACAUCAUCAUUUGUUGUCCUGAUUAAUCUCUUACGUCCAUUGGACCCCUCAAGGUGGCCAUCACCAGCAUUAAAUGAGUCUUUUGCCUCUAGAAAUCAGAAGUUCUCUGAUUUGGUUGUCAAAUGUUUGAUCAAGCUCACAAAAGUUCUUCAAAGUACUAUAUAUGAGGUUGACCUUGACCGUAUCCUUCAAAGUAUCCACAUAUACCUGCAGGAAUUGGGGAUGGAAGAAAUCAGGAGAAGAGCUGGAGCCGAUGACAAACCAUUGCGUAUGGUUAAAACUGUUCUACAUGAGCUCGUUAAACUUCGUGGGACUGCAAUCAAGGGUCAUCUUUCCAUGGUUCCAAUAGACAUGGAACCUCAGCCUAUUAUUCUUGCCUAUAUUGAUCUUAAUCUUCAGACUCUGGCUGCGGCAAGAAUGUUGACUCCGUCCGGACCUGUUGGCCAAACACAUUGGGGCGAUUCAACAACCAACAACCCAACACCUGCCACUCACUCUGCAGAUGCACAAUUGAAGCAAGAGCUUGCUGCAAUUUUCAAGAAAAUCGGUGACAAGCAAACUUGCACUAUUGGUUUAUAUGAAUUAUACCGCAUCACUCAAUUAUAUCCCAAGGUUGAUAUAUUUUCUCAGCUUCAAAAUGCUAGCGAGGCAUUCCGAACAUACAUUAGAGAUGGUUUAGUCCAGAUGGAGAAGAAUGCAGCAGCAGGAAGGACGCCUUCAAGUUUACCGAUGCCAACCCCUCCCCCAGCUGCCAUAAACCUUUCUUCCCCGAAGUUUGCACCCUUAUCACCCGUCCUUACAAAUUCACUAAGUGAUGCAAAAUCUCUUAACACUAAAGUUGAGCCCACAAAUUUUAGUUUACCGCCGUCUUAUGUUGAAGAUGAGAGGGUAAGAGGACUUACAUCUGAUAACUCAGAGCUGCGACAGUAUUUGGGUGAACAAAGGAACGAUAACUUUCCACCCGGAGUGACUGCGGUUACAAGUGGGACCUUGGAUGCAAUAAGAGAGAGAAUGAAGAGCAUCCAGUUAGCAGCAGCUACUGGGAACAACCUGGAUUCCGGAAACAGGCCGUUAAUGCACAUUAACGGCAAUUUAGCACACGCACUCUCUAAUUCUCAUGCACAGGACCGUGCUAAUGCAGAUAACACUGUACAGAGCGGAGUUCUUCCUAUGGAUGAGAAGGCAUUAUCUGGGCUACAGGCCCGGAUGGAAAGGCUUAAAAGCGGAUCACUUGAACCUCUUUAGGAACACAAACCACAGCUACAAUCCCAUGUGUAUUCAAGCCACAGGAUAUGCUAAUCUUGUAAAUGAAGAGGUGACACACCCGCGUGUAAUUAUAGAGAGCAGUUGCCAGUAUUAUAGAUAGUGAAUUUUUUUCUUGGUGCCAACGAAAUUUGAAUUCAGACAUGAAGUUUGUGUCUUUCUUUUUGCAGAGGCAGAGAUGUGUAGCCAAAUUGGAUAAUGGGGUAGUGGGCAGAUAGUGUAGUUCUCAUCUGUUUCAACAAUUUGUGUUUGUAUUUGUAUAUUACUGCAAGGUAUUCUUUGUGAUUUACUAUUUUUGAUUUAUUCAAGGGUUUUUGAAUGUGUCUUAGAAAUUGCUA